AUGGCGCUGUCAACACGAUCGUGGCUACAACGGGGGUCAACGGGAAGGAAUGGAAAGGAGGAGCAGAUGGACAAGAACAAGGAUGGCAAGCGGGAGAAGAAGCGAGCCCCCUUCAAAGGGCGCUGCUACAAGUGCAAUGAGGAGGGGCACAUGGCUGCCAAGUGCCCCAACAAGAAGAAGGAUGCAACGCCCGCGGCAGCCGCAAACGUAGCUGAAGGAGAUGGAAAGGGCGUGGCGCUCACCGUCGCGCGUUCGGCUGCAAAGUUGCUGGCCGACGACACGGACUUGUGGUUCCUUGACUCGGGAUGCUCCCAACACAUUACCGGCCACAAGGAGUGGUUCACGGUGAUCCGUGACCCAUCUGCAACGAAAUCCGUCAAAGGGUUUGACGGUUCUAUGCAGGAAGUCGCCGGUGUUGCAAGCAACGGCACAAUGGCAGCAGCGGCAUGCAACGGCACAGUGGCUGCAGCGGCUUGCACCGGUACGACGGCUGCAGCGGCAUGCAACGGCACGGCGGCUGGAGCGGCAUGCAACGGCACGGUGGCUGCAGUGGCAUGCAAUGGCAUGACUAAGGCGGUUGCUGACGGAGCAGCCAGCCUUAAGACGUAUGCGCAGAAUCCGCCGCCACCACGUACCGUCAUUGUGGUCCCGGUACCGUCCGUGCAAGGGGGCGGGCAACCCCUUGAUCGCUCAGUGGGCCCUUUGGGCAGCAAGGCACCUACUGCACCUCCUCCUCUCGAUCCACCCUCCGUUGCUGAUUCGGCGCCUGUGGGACCAGAGGAUGGUCCUCUGGAGGUUGGCACCAGCAUGGCUGAUCACGAGGAGGGAGAAGGAGAAGUAGCAGUGGAUGAGCAGUCACCAAUGGCCCAUGAGCAUGAGCCUUCACCUGCAAUUCCCCCCAUCCAGCCCAUUCCACCACCCCCACGUCGCUCCAGCAGGCCCAACAAGGGGGUGUCACCCGUACGAUUUCAGCCAUCAGCCAUGACGGCCCUGGAUGCGGACGAUGAGGACAACCCGUACGACGUGGCGUACCUUGCUGAGGACGAUUGCGACACGGACAGCGAUGACGAAGUGGAGUACCCGGACGAGGAUGAGGAGGAGGAAGGCGCUUGA